AGUAUGAUAUCGUUCGAAUUAAAGCCUUGUCCACCGAAAUUCAGGAUCUAAUUUGGUGAUUCGUAUGUGUUGGGUUCUCCUCCUAAUUUGGUAGGAACCUUUCUCCGAAUCUGGCCGACAAACUCCCCGCAUGUCUCUCCCGUCUCUGAAACCUUCCUCUCCCGUCUAACUUGCCAUGUUCUAGAAAUUGAUUGCUACUACUACUCUUCGUCCCGAUGCAUAUACAAGAUCAGAGUCCUAGAAACACACAUCACGUCUGAUCGAUCGAUCGAUGUAGUUAACUCGCGGGCGUGGUUACAUUACUAGGUAGGCGAACUGGAGACUUGGUGUUGGUGUCCGGCCGAGCAACGGAAAUUUCGACCAAAUCCUUUCUUCUUCUUGAGCUAAAUCUCCAGAAACACCUCCUGUCCUGUCCACCAUGGCCUGCAGGCUCCCUCUCUCCAAGGUCUUCCUAUUCAUCUUAGCUUUAUUCAUCAAAUCUUGGGUCUAAUGGGCCUGCUCGACUAUGAAAGGAGCACGGUGCAUUUUAUUACUUAAUUCUCUGUAGUUGAUGGCCUGAUGCUCAUCGACUGCAAAAAGCUAUCUGAGUUUCAGACUGACGCCAAUUUAUUUUUUCAAUUGAAUUCUACACGACUUACUAUUGCAUGAACAUCGGCUAUGAAGCCAAGAGGCAUUGGUUGUAUAUAGUACUUAAGAAGUAGAGCACUGGUGUUUGCAGUGGGUGCCGGCCAGCUUAUGGAUUAGCAAAUCUCAUCCAGUGUUUCUCACUUGUUGUCAGAGUACACCAGUGUUCUGUUUCCCUCGACUAAAUAUCUGUGUGUGGUUGUGUCACAGGCCGCGACGACGCAGCAGGCAAACGACGUUGUUAUGGAGGAGUGUGCUGUGACCGCCAUAUUUCCUUCUUCCAGAGCACCUGCGGCGGAUGCAACCACUACAAAUGCAGGAGGUGGUGUCCAUAUAAACCAACAAGGCUGGUACGGGUCAGGCUUCGUUGGCCAACUUUGGAACCAUCUUUGGAGUGCCUUUGAUGGUUCGACAAAAGAGGUGAAGGAUUCAACCACAAAGUUUAGUGAUGUCAAGGGGAUCGAUGGAGCUAAAGCCGAGUUCGAGGACAUAAUCCAGUACAUGCGUGACCCUAAACGUUUCACACGCCUCGGCUGCAAGCUCCCGAGAGGUGUUCUGAUAGUCGGCGCACCUGGCAACGGGAAAACAAUGUUGGCAAGGGCUCUGGCCAGGGAAGUUGGCGUCCCAUUCUUCGCCUGCAGCGGCAGCGAAUUUGAGGGUGAGUACGUUGGUGCUGGGGCUAAAAGAGUGAGAGAGCUCUUCAGUGCAGCAAGGAAACGAUCUCCCUGCAUAAUAUUCAUCGAUGGAAUUGAUGUCAUUGCUGGGAGCAGAGACAUAAAUAAGCAAACAGGGCAGAGGCACACCCUGAACCAGCUGCUCACCGAGCUAGAUGGCUUCAAGCAGAACGAUGGGGUCAUGGUGGUUGCCACGACCAACUCCCUCGAUUCUCUAGAUCAAGCCCUUGUUAGGUCUGGGCGUUUUGACCGUCACGUUAAGAUUCCUUACCCAGAUGUUGAGGGCCGUCGGCAGAUCCUUGAGGCUCAUAUGUCGAAGGUCUUGAAAGCCAAUGAUGUGGAUCUUAAGACCACUGCAAAGGGGACUCGUGGCUUCUCAGGUGCAGACCUCGCAAACCUGGUGAACUAUGCCGCUCUCAAGGCUGCUAAGGAUGGAGCAGAAGCUGUUGCGAUGGAUCACCUCGAGUAUGCCACAGACACACUCAUCAUGGGCAGCGAGCGCAAAUCAGUUGGGAUGCCUGAUAGCUGCAAAAAGAUGAUUGCGUACCAUGAGGGAGGGCAUGCCAUUGUUUCUAUCCACACGGAUGGUACCGGUCCUAUCCACAAGGCUACCAUUGUUCCCAGGGGGUAUAUUCUUGGCAUGGUGACACAACUGGCAGACGAAGAAUAUGAGUACAAAUACUCAAGGAGGAAGAUGCUGGCAGAAUUGGAUUUCCUCAUGGGAGGCCGGGUGGCCGAGGAGCUUAUAUUUGGAGAGAGCGAGGUGAGCACUGCUGCUUUAUCUGAUCUAAGCACGGCGACCCAGCUGGCGACAGACAUGGUCGCCAGGCAUGGUAUGAGCAAGGUGGUCGGCCCUGUUUCCUACGACAAGGAGGGCGGUUGGAAUGCGAAGACCAUGAGCUGGCAAACGUCAACCCUGGUUGAUGGUGAGGUGAAAGCAUUACUGAACAAGGCUUACACCAACGCAAAAACGAUUCUCACAUCACACACGUGGGAGCUUCAUGCGCUAGCCAACGCACUUUUGAAGGAUGAAACUCUCACUGGAGACCAGAUCACGACCCUGCUGAAGAAUGAGACUGUCGCCAGAGAUCAGACCACGAGACCUGUUUGCAGCCUAGUUCCCACCACUGCUCCUGCCGCCAAUGAAGACCCAGCCCCAAGGCCGAAGAGAAGAUGCAGGGCCAAUAAGCGGGUGGCCGGUGACGAAUGGAUCACCAAGCGGCGAAGGGUUACUUAAAGACCAGGCGGACAUGGUGCGAACCAUCCUGCAUUGGAUCAAGGCGAACGGCUUCCUAGCAUCCUCACCUA